AUGUUGCUGCUCGUUCUCCUGGCCUUCUCCGUAUCGGCUGCGUUUUCUGACUCGGAUUCUGAACUCUCGGCCGAGACCUGCAGCGCCUGCUCCUGCAUGUCCGUUGAGAACGUCCUUUAUGUGAACUGUGAGAAAAUAACUGUGUACAGGCCAACGCAGCUGCUCCCUCCUCCGUCCAGCCUCUACCAUCUGAAUUUUCAGAAAAACCUUUUGUACAUCCUUUACCCCAACUCUUUUGUGAAUUUCACACAUGCCGUGUCGCUCCAGCUGGGCAACAACAAGCUGCAGAACAUCGAGGGAGGGGCCUUCAUGGGACUGAGCUCGCUGAAGCAGUUGCACUUAAAUAACAACGAGUUGAAAGAGCUCCGCGCCGACACCUUCCGCGGGAUCGAGAACUUGGAGUACCUCCAGGCCGACUACAAUUUAAUCAAGUUUAUCGAGAAAGGAGCCUUCAACAAACUACACAAGCUGAAGGUUGUGAUUCUCAACGACAAUCUUGUCCAGAGCCUUCCAGAGAACAUAUUCCGCUUCGCCUCGCUCACGCACCUGGAUAUACGAGGGAACCGGAUCCAGAAGCUGCCGUACCUCGGAGUUUUGGAGCACAUAGGGAGGAUCGUGGAACUUCAGCUGGACGACAACCCGUGGAACUGCACGUGCGAUCUGUUACCUCUGAAAGCCUGGCUGGAAAAUAUGCCCUAUAAUAUUUUUAUCGGCGAGGCUAUAUGCGAGACGCCUAGUGACCUGUACGGUCGACUUUUAAAGGAGACCAACAAACAGGAACUGUGCCCUCUUGGAGUCGGGAGCGACUUUGACAUCAAGAUGCUCCCGUCUCAACCGGAGGGUGGAUACACGACUAAUUUUGCACCGUCCACGAUAGCACCUUUAGUAACCAAAGCCCCAAAGACGACGAAUCCGUCCAAAAUCUACGGGAACGGGAUCGUCGCUGGGAUUCCUCCUGGCAAAAACGUCCAAAUCGUGUCCUACCAGACUCGGAUCCCUCCCCUCUCGUGUCCUCAACCCUGCACCUGUAAAGCUCACCCGUCCGAUUUCGGGAUUGGCGUCAGCUGUCAGGAAAGGAACAUCCAGAGCCUGGGAGAUCUUACACCCAGACCGGCGAAUGCCAAGAAACUGCACCUGAGCGGUAAUUACAUCCGAAACAUCAUCCCUACGGACUUCCAAGGUUUCGAAGGAUUGGAUCUGUUACACCUGGGUAGUAAUCAGAUAUCCGCCAUCCAGAAAGGAGUGUUCCGAAAUCUGACCAACCUGCGCAGGCUGUACCUCAAUGGCAACCAGCUCGAGCAGCUUCAUCCUGAAAUGUUCCUGGGCCUGAGCAACCUCCAGUACCUGUUUUUGGAAUACAACGCCAUAACCGAAGUCCUAGCCGGGACCUUUGACUACAUGCCAAACCUGCAGCUCUUGUACCUGAACAACAACGUGCUGCGGAGCCUUCCCGCGUACAUCUUCGCCGGCGUGCCUCUCGCCAGACUCAACCUGAAGAACAACCACUUCAUGAACUUACCCGUGAGCGGCGUGCUGGACCAGCUGAAGUCGCUCACGCAGAUAGAUCUGGAAGGCAAUCCUUGGGAAUGCUCGUGUGAUCUGGUGGCUUUGAAGCUGUGGCUGGAGAAGCUGAAUGACGGGGUGGCUGCCAAGGAGGUCAGAUGCGCCUCGCCGGUGCAGUUUGCGAACGUCGAGCUGCGUGAGCUGAAAAACGAAAUCAUGUGCCCCAAGCUCGUCGCCAGGCCUCCUUUCAUUCUGACCAGCUCAACCCCCCUGGCAACGUCGAUGUCUCCCGCAGGAGUCGGCAAAGCCCCUCCCGGUGGUGCCGUACCCUUGUCAAUCAUGAUUCUGAGCAUCCUGGUGGUCCUGAUCCUCACCGUGUUCAUCGCCUUCUGCCUGCUGGUGUUCGUCCUCAGACGGAACAAGAAGCCCUCCGGGAGGCAAGAGGGACUCGGGAACCAGGAGUGCGGAUCCAUGCAGCUCCAGCUCCGGAGGCACAACCACAAAUGCAACAAGAAGGACGACCUGGCCGGAGAGACCUUCAUCCCACAGACCAUCGAGCACAUGAGCAAAGCCCACACGUGCGGGAUGAGAGACUCGGACGCCGGCUUCAAGUUCGCCGACUCGCAGAGGCCGAAGAUGUUCCUGCGCAGCGGCGCGGACAGCGACAAGGACUCGCUGACGCUGGACGCCCGGAAAAGACUGAGCACCAUCGACGAGCUGGACGAGUUCCUGCCCGGCAGGGAGACCAGCAUGUUCCUCCAUAGCUACCUGGACAGCAAAAAGGAUUUCAACAGUAUAGGGGUGAGUGGUUUUGAGAUCCGUUACCCCGAGAAACCACAUGACAAGAAAGCCAAAAAGUCUUUAAUAGGGGGGAACCACAGUAAAAUAGUCAUUGAGCAGCGCAAGGGCGAGUAUUAUGAACUUAAAGCCAAACUGCAAGGGACCCCCGACUACCUGCAAGUGCUAGAAGAACAGACCGCCCUGAGUAAAUUUUAG